AAAUGCUCUAAAUAUGAGUGAAACUGAUUCGAAAUUGUGUAAAAUUUGUUUGAACAGCAAGACACAGACUGGGUUGUUCGAUAACCCACCACUGAAUAAGUUUUUCAGUCAUGUUUUGGGAAUGCACGAACCUCCUAUAAGAACUUGGCUCUGCGGGUGGUGCGGUUCCACGUUAAAGAAGAUUGUGAGGCUGGUGCAACUUGCUGAGGAGUCCCACGCCUACCUGUCUCAGGUGAACCUGAAUAAGGAAGAACAUAGAACAGGCCAUUUUGCUCUCUCUUUCCACCACAACGAACAUACGGACAUUCCUCCUUCACCAACAAAAGACACAAGAAAAACAAAACAUAAAAUUAAAAACAAACAAAAAGAUUUAAAAGAAACUGAACAUGUACAACUUGAUAAUUUAGAAAAUGAACAUGAAAGUGAAUAUAAAAUUGAAGAAAUUAAAGUGGAAUCCUUAGAUAUUGAUGUAGAUAAUGAUAUUGAAAAUGAUGAUGAAUUUAAUGAAACAGAUGAAACACUUGAAACAGAUAUUUUAGACAGACCUAAAAGAAAAGUGAACCCUAAAUUAUAUGCUAAAUGUGAACAGUAUAAUUUUACGCUGAAAGUGUUGAGCAUAGAAGAGCAGAGAGCGGAAUUGGAUGAGAAGAAGAAAUCUGAGAAAUAUUUGAGUAGAAAGUACAAGUGUGAGUUUUGCGGCAUCAGUUUUGUGACCAAAGAUGUUUUUGAAGAGCACAACCAGAGGCAUCAGGAGUCCCACAGCCCACAUGGAUGCCCGCUGUGCCAUCUACGCUUCAGCACCGCUUUGGUUCUCUCCCAGCACGUGUUGGCACAUGCGCGUCGCUUCACGUGUCGUCUGUGCGGUGCCGUCGUUACACGGUUUAGCGAUUGCGAGAGCCACCGGCGUAAGUGCGGGCAGGCGUGUCCUGGCGUGUGCUCGCUCUGCGGUAAAAUAUUCGCUAACCAGAAUUCGCUGGACAACCAUGUAAGGGGCGUGCACUACAGAAAAGAAAAGAAGUUUGUGUGUUCGUAUUGCAAUCUGAAGUUUCAGACCAAGCAGCGCCUCGCCAUACAUACUAGGACUCACACCGGGAUAAAACCAUACACCUGCGAGCUAUGCGGGCGCUCCUUCGCUGCGAACUCUAACCUACGUAACCACCUAGCAGCACACGCACAGGCCCGUCCACAUUACUGCGUGGAAUGCGACAAGUCUUAUAAAACGAGGAAAGGACUCAGGCGACAUCUGUUAGAAGGCGCUUCACAUGUUGGAAAGAAAACUCACUCGUGCCACCACUGCCUGAAAUGUUUCACUUCAGAGAAGCUUCUGGCGUCUCACAUGAGCUCCGCGCAUACAAGGGAACCUGACUCCUGUUCUCUCUGCCAGAAGACAUUCUUGACGUCUGCUAGUUUGAAGAAGCACAUCCGAAGCGUACACGAACCGACAGUCUAACCGAGAG